AUGCGCAAAGGCGACGAACGUGUGAUCCACCACGUCGGUGGAUACGGUCCUGAUGCAUAUACAUACUACCCCGUCCUCAUCAUCGGCGCCGGCGAAUCCGGCAUCGCAGCCGGGUGCCGCCUGAAGACGUCCCUGAACGGCUUCGACCAGUUCCGCAUCGUGGAGCGGCAGUCCGGCCUGGGUGGCACGUGGUGGAUCAACCGCUACCCGGGCGUGGCGUGCGACGUGCCGACGGUGUUUUACUCGUUCUCGUUCGCGCCCGAGACGCGGUGGGGCAAGUUCCACCCGCCGGGAGUGGACAUCGUGGCGUACCUGGAGAAGGUGUGCGAGCGGUGGGGCAUCGCGGAUAAGGUGGAGUGCGAUUGUGAGGUUAAGAGGGCGGUGUGGCGCGAGGAUGGGGGGUUCUGGGAUGUGGAGUUGUGGCAUCUCAGGCGCGGGGUGGGGGAUUUGAGUUAUAAGGAUAGGGAGAAGUUGUUGGCGGAGGGGGGAGAGGAGGCGGUGGUCGUGCGCAAGGAGAGGGUGCGCGCGAAGGUGCUGGUGAGUUGUGUGGGCGGCCUCGUCGAGCCGCGCGGCUGGCCGGACGAGGUGCCGGGGAAGGAGCGGUUCGAGGGUGCCGUCUUCCACUCGGCGCGGUGGCGGCACGAUGUCGAUGUGCGCGGCAAGGACGUCGUGGUCAUGGGGACGGGGUGCAGCGCCGCGCAGCUCGUGCCGAAGCUCGUGGCGGAGGAGAUGGGCGCCAGGCGUGUUACGCAGGUCAUGCGCUCGCCGCCCUGGGUCGUCCCCAGGCAGGCGCCGCCGGGCGGCGAGGAGUGGUGGGAGCGCUGGAGCCCGACGCUGCUGUCGUACGUGCCGCUGCUCGACCGCGGGCUGCGCCUGCUGAUGGCUGCGGGCGCCGAGUACGACUUCCGGCUGUUCAAGAAUGGCGAGUGGCACGAGAAGGAAAGGAAGAAGUACGAGGCGAAGCUGCUCGCGCACAUGCGGAAGACGGUCCCGGAGAAGUACCACGAGAUGCUGACGCCGGAUUACGGUGUUGGUUGCAAGCGCCGCAUCUUCGACGCUGCCUGGUUCCCUGCGCUGAAGGAUCCGCGCAUCGAGCUCACGACGCAGCCUGUGGCUGCUGUGAAUGAGAAGAGCGUCACGUUGGGGCCUGGUCGCACGUAUCCGAAGCGCUCUGAGAAUGAGGAAGAGGAAGCGGAGAGGACGAUCCCGGCGGACGUCAUCGUCAUGGCCAAUGGCUUCGACACGACCAAGUGGCUGCAUCCGAUGACGGUCAUCGGCCGCGAUGGGCAGGAUUUGGUCGAGGUGAUGGAGCAGCGUGGCGGGUCGCAGGCGUACCAGGGCACCGCCAUGGACGGCUUCCCCAACUUCUUCAUGAUCUUCGGCCCCAACACGGCGACUGGCCACAGUUCGGUCAUCCUGGCGACGGAGAACAUGGUCAACUACGCGCUGAAGUUCAUCAAGCCCGUCGUUCAGGGCGAUGCUGAGACGGUCGAGGUGAAGAAGGAGGCUGAAGAGGACUACACUAGGGAUCUGCAGCGGAGUCUGAAAGACACGGUGUGGACCAGCGGAUGCAACAGUUGGUAUUUCAAUAGGAAGACGGGAUGGAACUCGACGACUUAUCCGUACACACAGAUCUGGUUUACACUGAGAUGCAUGUUCCCCAAAUGGUCCGAUUGGAACAUCACUUACACGAAGAGAGGCCUCUUGAAACUGUACCUGCAGCACGGCCUGCGCGUAUUGGCUGUUUUCGUGUUCCUGAUUGGUGGAUGGAGGGCUCGUCAGAGGGGUCUCAAGGUGACCGAUCUGCGUGCAGCAUUGAAGCAUGCUGUUGAAACUGCCAUCGAUAAUGGAAUUGGCCUGCUCAGCAAUGGAAAGCAACUGUUGUGA